AACGAAUGGUGACCUCCAAAUCGUGCUUGAGAACCCAUUGUUUUGAACACUGAUUUAACCCAAAUCUCCUGUUCUUAUCCGUUCAUUUUAGGAUACAUCCGAGGCUACUGGAUUAGUGCUCAUAAUUCAAAUGGAAAGAAUGCGCGUGGCGGAGGUUUUAGCUGCCAGAGACACCGUUGUCGAACGCCUCGAAGACGCUUACAUCUCUGUUCGACAAAAGGCAGCAACGAUUGAUCGACUUCAGCGUGAGCUAGAAGAUCUGAGGCGCCCGUCUACCUCUGCCACAUCUGUGGCGAGAGAGCAUGAUUCAUGCGUUCAGCUUCCAGUGCAAGACACUAUCAUUGCACCCGAGACUGCACAACCAGUUCCAAGGGACGGUAAUUAUGGGAGUACAUCAGCUCAAGUUUUUCCUUGGCAAGCGCCUCUUGACACCCCGAAGAGUCCUUCCACAGGUCUAUCUCUCACACCCCCGCCAGAUUCCCGCCCAGAAAUCCAGUGUGAUUCUACUCCUUUCAGUCCCUCUUUUCAGUCAAACUAUUGCGCACGUCUUGAAAAUUAUUCUGAUUCACGCUACUUUGAAACCGUCGACUUCGAUCAUCCGAAUAUCCACGGACCACUUACGCUUGGCGACGGACCCGAGAAAUCGAUUCUCGCGAGACAAGAACUCCUUGCGAUGCUUCCUCUCCCUGCUGACAUCCCAGAUGACGCUCUAAACCCAAUUCUCAUUCCUCCGCCGUACACUUUGCAUGAAUUCUUGGGUAAUGCUUCUGGUACUCUCAAAAGCUCCUUGUCAAACUAUCGUGUCCUCGGCCAACUGACAACAUACUGGUGUCCAGAGCGCGAAGAACAUGGCUACUUUCUCACCCCCGUUUUCAAGUGUAACACCAAUCCACGUAUAACAACAGCACAUCGGUGGACUGCAGUGGACGUAAUUGGUACCAUGAACAAGCAUACUGAGUGCUUCUACAACAAGGACGGAAAGUGGUACUACGCUGGCGUAUACAAGGCUUUUCGGAUGGACGACUUAACCAUGCAAGAGUGGGAAGCUCUAUCAACCGAGACGACCCAAACCCUUAUCAAGGAGACUCUAUCUGGCCGAAAGAACGUCUCACCCCAGAACGUCUACGAAACUGGACAGUUGUAUGCUGUUGGCGCCCUUCGUGUCGCGUGUAUCGGAUUGCAAUGUGUGGGAUUCAGCUCUGUGAUGUAUCGCGCAGUCUUGGAACAGGCAACUCUGGGGAAAUGGCGCGGGAUAGGUUGGUCGGGACCCACCGGGACAUCAUCCAAUGGCACUACGAUCGAAGGCGAUGGAACACUUGUACCUUGAGUUUGCUUGGUUUUGCGUCGAGGACUCUUUACAA